AUGACUAUUCUUUUCACCACCCCCAUGUACUCUCGGCGGGCAAUGAAUACCUCUAUAUGCGUUGGAGUCGCGUUUGCGUUUCUUUUCCUUAUCAUUUCGAAGAUCCGAACGACCCUCUUGUCAAGACGGGUCUUCACACCAAGCAAUGAGGUGAACUGCAGUGACCUCAAGCCAUACCCGGCUCAACCCAUCAAAGGUCGAGAGAGGUACCGAGUGAUGAUGGACGUCCGCAGGUUAGACGUGGUAAACUGGCUCACUGUCGACAACAACUACAUGGAUGAGCAUGUUGUUCGGGGUCAAUUACUGGAGAAGGAAAAGAGUAAAGUGCUGCAAUGCCUCCCAGAGUCAUACGACGCGUGCAUGGAAGCAUUGGAGGAGGUGGUCGACUUCCUUUGUCAACGGUUCUCGAGCGUGUUCGAACGAAAGAAGUCCGGUAACGAGUGGACUAUCCAUAACAAGAUGACGGGUGAGACGUUUGUCUUUGGUGGAGAGAAUAAGGAAAUCGAUCCGCUCGAGGUUGCCGUGAGGUUGACGAUGGAGGAUCUGAGCAUCCUGAUGAAGAACGAAGACGACGAAUACUAUCUAGCGGCCAGCGCAAGUCUAUUCCCGGUGGGAUGGACGGUGCAGGAACGCAUCGGAUGGACGAUCUCUAAACUUCACAAUCCUGUGCCUUUGUGGCACCAGCAAGUCGCUAACUCUGUCAGCAAAUUUCUUGCUCGUCUGACCCCAGAGUCCCCGAUGGAAAGAUCCAAUUACUUCGUCGAAGUAAAAAGACCUGACGAAGAACUGUUCGAUAUCCUCUACCGCCCGACUUCGUUGUCCGAAGACAAUCCAGAUCCAUCCCCGCAGGAUAUUGUGAUUCGACGUGAGCGUCAGACAUUCCGUCGAUUACCUCGUACGGGAGCGAUUGUGUUCGGUGUCAAGACUUUCUUGACAACAUUGGAGGAACUGCCAAUGCAAGAGCUGCAAAAUCUCGCAAAGGAGAUCAAGAGUUGGCCCGAGUAUGUGGGAGAAUACAAGGGUCGGGAAAUUUGGGGACCAAGAGCACUCGAGUUUUGUGAAAAGAAAACUCGGAUGAUGGAAAAGCAGGAGGUCUAA